GUAUCAGGAUUGCUCAGGUCUGAAUCACCUAAUGUGGACCAUGCAGAACUAACCCCGCCUACAAAUCAUUCGGACACGUUUUAGAGGUGAAAGAAGACAAAGCAUGGAGAAAACAGAAAGGAAGCGCUGUGAAAUGAAGACAAAUAUUGCUGGAAGUGUAUUGCUUCUGAAUGCAAUGGCAGUGUUGCUGCUGCAUCUGAUCCAGCCAACCAUAGCAGCUCCCGGGCAGCUGUUUGACACUGAUCCAUGUGAACCGGACACUGCAGCUCUCAAGAGCAAUAUAAGGAAACUGGAGAAUAAACUGCUGCUUACGACUUGGCUGGUUGAGCAUCUGCAGAGACACAGAUACUUCCGACCAUUCCAGCUUCCUCUAUCCGACAGUAAACCUACAACUGACCUAACCUCAAACAUAAACCACAACAACAGUGUAGACAAGACAACGAUUGCACCACUUCCACCGGCUGGAAGUUUGAUUGUCUAUGAUAAAGACUGCUCUGAACUGUUUGAUAGACUGAGAUCACCAAGCGGCUUUUACCGCAUCAGACCCAAAGUGCAGCAGGAGCCUUUUUUAGUCUACUGCGAUAUGGAGGAUGGAGGAGGGUGGACGGUGUUUCAGAGGCGUCGGCAUGGAAAAGUUGACUUUAACAGAGACUGGGUGGACUACAGAGAUGGUUUCGGAGACUUCAAACUGUGGAAUGAUGAGUUUUGGUUGGGGAACGAGCGCAUGUACACUCUACUGUCAGGUAAAAACCUGGUGAAGAUUGAUCUCAUGGACUGGGAUGGAAAGAAAAGUUAUGCAUAUUAUGAAAACUUCAGGAUCACAGAUGAAGCUGAUAAGUAUCGUCUCCAGUAUGGACAGUACAGUGGGAAAGCUGGUGAUGCUCUGACUGGUGGCGGGGGGAUGGUGGAGCAGUGGUCUGGCUGCCUCAGUGGCAUGCAGUUCAGCACUCGAGAUCAGGAUAAUGACCGCUUCUUUCAGGGAAGCUGUGCCAAGGAGAAUCAGGCUGGUUGGUGGUUUAACAGGUGCCAUGCAGCCAACCUAAAUGGCAAGUUCUAUCGAAAGGGGAAGUACAAGGCUGAGUAUGACAAUGGUGUGGUGUGGGGGACUUGGAAAGGCCUUUGGUAUUCUCUCAGACACACCGCCAUGAAGGUGCGCCCUCAGUUCUUUUUGGACGUUGCUGGAAGCGGAGCGGGGGACAUUUAAAAAGUCAUCUGUCUAAGAGGAAAGGAAAACUAGAUGUUUUGAAUCUUCAUAUUUGAAUCUCUCCCUCUGCUUCACCUCUUGAAAUUGUUAACUAAUAUCAACAGAAGGGCAUGUUAUACACUUCCCCCC